AUGUUCGAUCGCAAAUAUCUCAUUUUGUUAUGUAUUAUUUUCUAUAAUUUUCAUAUUAGUUUUUCUUGUGGAUGUUAUGGAUCAAAAAGUUGUACUCUAAAUGGAACUCUAUGUAAUUAUGAUCAAACGAAUGAUUCAUGUUUAUGUGAUUGUUGUCCACCAUGUAAUACUUGUCAGCAAUUUCUUGAAUUUAGUUGUUUAGCGAAUCGAUAUACUAAACAUUAUAGUUUAUCAAACAAUCAAUCUAAUAUUAUACUUAAAAUAAAUACACCAAUGAAACCACAAUAUAUUAUUGAUCAAACAAAUAAUGAUAUAGUUCAAUAUCUUUGGGAUCCUUGUUUACGUCGAGCACUUCCUAAUGGAAUUUAUUUAAAAAAUGAUAAUAAUGGUAUUUAUAAAUUAAUUGGUAUACCAAGAGAAAAAUUAGAAAAAACUUCUUUUGAAAUUUUAUUUAAAGGUUCAGUUAAUCGAAUUCUAUUAGUUAAUUUUACAAUAACUAUUAUAUAA